AUGGCGACGUCUGGCACGCCAUCGCUGAGCCCGCGAAGUCCAAGUCGAAACCUCUUCGAGGUGAAGCGGCUGUUCUCCGCAUCAUCCGAUGAAAGGCGUCUCCGGUGUCUGGACACCAGCAAUGACAGCGGACAGCUGGAUGAGCGACAGCUGGCGAUGCUGAAGACGCGGGCAGCUUCCAGCAGGCUCUCUCAGUGCAAGGCUAAGAUCACUGCUGUGGCUAUGCGGAUGGAUCAGCUGCAGCGACGGCCCAUGGGCUCUGCAGUGCAAAAGGAUCUCGAAGAGGUUGGAAGGUUUCUUCUUGAGAUAGCCCUGCUAUUGAGCAGCGCCGUCACUGAUCGAUCCACCUCGAGAUCCCGAACACCGAGCCCCAGACGGAGGCAGCCAGAGUCCCCACGCUUUGGAGCUUCGAAUUCCCUGCGAGAGAUCUGGAGCCCCAACAGUGCAAGAUCGCUUAGCCCAAGGCGCGAUCCAUGUGUCACAAUGCGUGUUCCGGAGGAGGCACUACUCACCAAGCGAGCACAAAAUCUGAUGCUUUGGGCGCUGGGCAGCUAUGGGGCCGCAGCGCCCAGUGCCCAGCUGCUGGAAGCCUGCGAGUUGCUGGACGUGGGCUGGCACCCCGUCGCCAAGCGUCCGAAGCCGCCGCCUGUGGUGACAACGGCGCCCAUGGCGAGGCGGCGCAUGGAGGCGCGCGCUGUGCAUUGCCCUCACUCCAAGCAUGGCUGUCCCAUGCAACGUCCACCCUGCUUCAUUGAGCAGCAUGCCUUGAACUGUGAGUUCCGCCCUGUGUCAUGUCCAUAUCGCAAGAGCGGCUGUCGGCAGCAGCCGUUGGCCUACGAAGAACAGGAUCAUAUUGAGAAUUGUGAGUUUCGGCCAGUGAAAUGCCGCUACGAUGGUUGCAAAGUCAUGCCCAUUGCGAACCUGCAAGCAGAGCAUGCAGCUGAGUGCCACUAUCGUCCCGUGCCAUGCCUCCAUCGAGAACGUGGCUGUCAGGAAAUCAUCGUGGCCUACCAGCGGAUGUCACAUGGGGACAAGUGUGAGUUUCGGCCAGUACCCUGCCGCUAUGCGGACCGAGGGUGCCAAGUGCAGCCGUCCAAGAACCAAGAGAAGACCCACGCCACCACGUGCGACUUCCGUCCGGUGCAGUGUCAGCAUGCAAAGCGAGGCUGCCAAGAGCUUCUGUUCAUUCAGGAGGCGGAGAGCCAUGCGGAUAUUUGUGACUUCCGACCCGUGCCGUGUUUGGGCCUGAGAUGGGACCUCUGUCCCUUCGAAGCCGAUGGAUGUGAAGCAACGGUGAACGCAGCAGAUCGCGACGCCUGGCAGCUGAAGUUCUGCUGCGCCAGUGGUUCCUUGCGUUGUGCCAAGGACAUGCAUAGGAACUCCUGUGCCUUCCGUCCCGUACCGUGCCCCUUCCAAGCCUUAGGCAUGUCCAGGCCAUCAAUCAGUAUUGGUCAAGUGGUAGGCUGCAAGAUGGAGCCAUGCUACCGCGACAAGACCUCGCAUGCCAAGAGCUGCAAAUACCGACCAGUGUUUUGCAAGUACAAGCAGCGUGGAUGCACCCAGCAAUUGUCCUUCUUCAACUCAGCUCGCCAUGCCUCCGGCUGCGGCUACUGGCCGGUGCCGUGCAGCUUCGAGGCGCGCGGCUGCGAGAAGCGGAUCAACGCUCGAGAGUUGGAGCAGCACUGCGAGAGCAAUCUGGCUAUGAUUGGAUGA